CAGCAACAUUCCUGCCCACCGACGUCGGUGACAGAGCCGCUGACCAAGUGUUUUGAUUGGUGUGGCUCCUACUGGACGGCUGUUGGUAGGAAGUGCGGAUUCCCUCCACACGCAGCCUGAUACAGCACUAGAGAUGUAAAGGAUUCGAAAAAAUAUGUGCUUCGGCGGUCAGCAUGUUUCCUGGCGUUUUCUAUGCACUGCUGGCGGGUUUCCUGGGAGCCGUAGCGUCCUCGUCUGCGAAACUGUCCCUCGGAACCGAUUACCUUAAAGGUGUUUGUGAGACAGGACUGAGGACAUGGGGCGAACAGCGUAAAUUUCGACAGGAGAACGAAACUACCGCCUGUGACUGGCUGCACAUUCCUCUAAGGCUGCUUUGUGGGGGGCUGCUGUUUACCUGUAAUGCUGUGAUGUGGACGUUUCUGGCCAAAGCGCUCAGAUACUCCUCUUCCUCCACUCAAACCACUGUGACCACCACCGCCUCCAACUUCAUCUCCUCCGCAUUCCUGGGGCAGCUCAUCUUUGGCGAGACCCACAUUGCGCUGUGGUGGGUGGGGAUCUCCCUCACUCUCUCGGGUCUCCUGGUGCUUCACCGAGCUGCUCCCCGUGACCCAGAGCUAACGGACCCCAACAAGGACGAUUAAAAAAACGAUGGGUAGUCUCCGUCAGCACCGGUGAUUGAGCACAGCCCCAUUCAACAGCUGACUUUGGAGCGGAUCUGGCCCAGAUCCGGGCAAGAUCCGAGCCAGACGCAGCUGCAGUUUGGGGCAGUAUGUCAAACACAUCUCUCUAUCUCUCACACAUACACACACACAUCCAUGGGUCCACUGAUGGUAAUAAUUUGCUGGGAAUAGAAAAUGGUCGCCAGCCUCCGUCGAUCCACACCAGUGACUGAGGACUCCCACAUACGGCAACAGUCUCUGGACCUGGUGCGGCCCAUAUCAGGGCCAAACCCAGGCUAGAUUCAUCUUCUGUGUGACUCAGGAUAUCUGGCCACACCAUAUCCAUAGGAAAUCUAGCUACACCAUAUCCAUAAGAAAUCUAGCUACACCAUAUCCAUAGGAAAUCUAGCUACACCAUUUCAAUAAGAAAUCUAGCUACACCAUAUCCAUAGGAAAUCUAUCUACACCGUAUCCAUAGGUCAGUGGUGUUAAUAAUUUGGUUGGACAUAAGGUUCAGGAAACUUCACUUAUCAUACAAGCUGAAAUGUUACUGUGAAAAUAUUUUACUUCUGUUAGACUUUUUUAUAUCCAAGUUAUCCAGCUCCCAUGCCACUGUUAUGCAUGACACUGUUCACCAUUGAAGUGCCCUACAGAAGAGUGUGAAAUGUGUUUUGCGAUUAGGCAGAUGUGUUCUGCAUAGAUUUUUAAACUGUCACAGCAUCUGUGUAUGGCAUGAGCAGACAGUUUAUAUAUCUGCAUAUCUGCUGCAGUGUUGACAAGUAAUCACUGUCUCUGCAUGGCAUAGUGCACACACAGAUACUCCACACAUAGAUACUACAUAGAGUAGAUACUCCACACACAGAUACUCCACACAUAGAUACUACAUAGAGUAGAUACUCCACACACACUCCACACAUAGAUACUACAUAGAGUAGAUACUCCACACACACUCCACACAUAGAUACUACAUAGAGUAGAUACUCCACACAUACGUAGAUACUACAUAGAGUAGAUACUCCACACACACUCCACACAUAGAUACUACAUAGAGUAGAUACUC